AUGUCCGGACCCGGCCCGACUCCCGAGUGGCAGUCCCGGCCGCCGUACACAGACCCCCGACAAAGGGAAAAAGACACGGGCAAACCAUUCGACAAGAAACUCGAAGGAACCUGCCAUUGCGGCAAAGUACGGUACUGGCUCUCGCGCGACAAGCCCUUGGGGUCGAAGUACUGCCAUUGCACCGACUGCCAGGUCAUGCACGGCGCCCCCUUCCAAUGGGCCGCCAUCGUCCACAAAGAGGACAUGUCGUUCGAGCAUGGCGUCAGAGACCUGUCUUUCUACUCAUCCGGGGCGAAGAAGCCGGCGCAUGACCUCCCGUGCAAGGUCAGGUGUGACAACUGCGGGAGUCUCAUCAUGGACGAGGGCCGGAACAUGUUGCUUCCGUUCCCCGGGUUGAUCAAGUUCAAGGGGAACGAAGAGUGGAAGGCGAACUUUCAGCCAGAACAACACAUCUUCUAUUCACGAAGGGUUUUGGAUGUUCCAGACGGAAAGCCAAAGUGGUCAGGGUUGGACGGUCACAGCCAGUUGAUGAGCGAAUGA